CUUGAAACUGAGUUUGCAUGUCGGGGGGCUCGACGGGUUUCCCCGACUGCCUACAAAAACCACUGAAACUCUCUUCCUCUUCCACUCUCCCCUGCUCGGCCUCGGCUGCUGUUGACCAUCAAUAACAUCAUCCCGAUUCCUCAUCCAUCCUGUCCAGAGUCCAGACCAUCCAAUUAUUUAUUUAGUACUGCCAUAACUCAACUGUUGAGGUACACCCACUGAAUCCACUCAACAACCGAUACGAUCUAUUGCUGUUUUAUCCUGACUUUGAUAGUUCCUCUGCUUCGAUCAAUCGGACUCGGAUCUCUUGCUGCUCACAACUUCAUCUAUCCAUCCACCUGAGUUCCAUUACUUGCUACGCCGUCGAGGUCAAGCAAAGUACAAUGGAAGCCGAGCAACCAGACCAAUCCUUUUCAGACCAAGAACCCAUCGAGAUCGAUACCCCACCACGAGUGAUCCCGGAGUCUGAAGCCCACAAGAGACGAAGAAUUCACUCGCCCGAUCCGAUAGCAAAUGCUGCUAUCAUCGACCAUAACCUGGCCCGAGUACUGUGGAACGCACGCGAAAUGCUCGAAGUUCAGAUCCAGAAGCGUCGUCGUCGUUCCGAUCAAAGUCUCUCCGAAUCCUUACCGGUCGCCUCAUCGUCGGCCAGUCAUAAGCCGUCCAAAAAAGCUCGAGAGACCAGUCCAAAACCCGAGUGUGGCACCAAACGCUUCCAGGAUGCCGAUGAAUCGCCCGUCGCAUCUUAUUCUCAUCCGCCUGAGAAAAAGCGCGCCAAGCAAGAGAUACUAUCACCUUCCACUCGUCCCAAAAUCACCGGCUCCUCAUCACGUCCAAAUCAUCCCAAGCUCAACACCGGAACCGGUCCUUCUACCGGGUCAUCAUCUUCGACACAGCCUCUUCCUAACUUCAUUCUUCCUACAGGAAUUCGAACGCCAUAUGCGAUCCAAGUCGAACGGGCCGACAAACUUCGCCAAGAGGGUAACGUCCAAUAUGAAAAGAAGAACUACCCUCACGCCCUGUACCUAUACACACAGGCAAUCAACUCCUAUCCCAUUGCACUGUUCCCCAACCAGUCUCGGCCCGCAGGUUAUUCAACCUCGUUAGCUAACAGAGCAUCCGCGUACAUGGCCACUGGACAAUACAGCUUUGCCUUGAACGACCUUCAAGAAUCGAUGGAAGAGACCGAUCUAACCCCCUUAUUGACUGAAGAAUCCAGAUCAAACUUCAUCAAACGAGUCUUUCGUCUCGUGCGUUGCCAUCUGGCUCUACUAGACGGUCCGGGCGCCUCAACGUCGUUGGACAAGAUCCGAAAGCCACAGUCGCUUAACCCGAUUCCUCAGAGUGACCCAAAACAUGAGGAACUUCAAGCGUUGUCAUUUCGAACUAAGUUCCUGGUAGAACAACAGCAAAGACUUAACGAUCUUCGAUUGAAUGAUAUGUGGCAGCCCGCUUUACAAGUCAUGGGGUGCGUGGAAAAGGAGAUCAUGACCUGGGGAUUCAAAUUCGACCUUACUUCUCUUCCUGGAUCCUGGACGAUUUGGAAGGCUGAAAUGCUUGCCCGUGUUGGCAAACCUUUGGAGGCCCAAAAGACCAUUCUGUUUUUCAACCGGGCCCCCACAAUGAGAUGGGAAUGCACAUUCAUUUAUGCUCUUGUUGCUUUGGGUAAAGCAGACCUGAAAUUAGCCCAAACCAGACUUUCAGACAUCUUACUCUGUCAGCCAAAUUAUGAACCAGCAUCUGACAUGUUAGAGUUUUUGAAUCAAUUGAUGAUCUCAAUGGAUAGAAUCGAACGCACCGCUUCUAGUGGAUCCCACCACUUAGCUGUGGCUCAGUGCGAGGAAUUUCUUGUCGCUCUCAAAGAUCCUCUUCUGACUACCCUUCGGAUCAAAGUCGAAACUAUCAAAUGUGAACAGCUAGCAGAGCAAUGCAUGAGGGAUCCGAAAGCUGCAUCUCAACUCUGCAAUCAAGUCAUCUCAUUGAACAUGACUCUGUUCAGGCAAAUGAACGUGAACCCGAACCUCCCGAUUCGGAGUGACGUUUACGAGCCCUACCAAGUUUAUCUGAUCAGAGCCUUGCUCGCCCAGGCUCGUGCAAUGCAUCAAUGCGAGCGGCACGACUGGAAGUCGUCGUACUUCAAUGUCAUCAACUGCAUCCGAUUUUGGCCUGGAAUGGCCCUCCCUUUCCGGGAGAAAAUUUUCGAGGAAAUCCGGUCCAGGACUGGUGGCAAUUCCUACUCCAAAAGCUAUUACAGAGGCCAUCACUCCCAAAACCAUUCAUCUCGGCCUACUAGCAACACUAGCCCGCCCGUCAAAGCUAACCCGGAUCCAAAAGGGUAUUACAAGGCUCUGGGACUUGCAAAAGACGCUUCAGUGACAGACAUCAAGAAGGCUUUCCGUACACUAAGUUUAACUCAUCAUCCUGAUAAGGGGGGCGAAACUGAGUUAUUCCAGAUCAUUAAUGAGGCUCAUUCGGUCCUUGCCGACUCCCACAAGAGACAUUACUACGAUCUGACGGGGCAUGUACCCAAACAAUGACCUUUCAUCUGUUCUACCUAUUCGUCAUUCAAGCUUCAAAAAAAUACAAAAAAUGGACUUUCAAUCUCUCGAUGCAACUACUCCUUGAAUACACACCAUGUGUCAUCAGCUUUGUAUAUAAUUAUCAGUUUAGUUUGUGUCCUGUUGUUGUCUGUUUUUCUUGGGAUUCGUUUUUUUUUUUCUUCUUUUUUUAUGUGUGGGCCUCUUCAGGUCACAUGCGAUGUACCUCACAUAUGGACAUAUUUAUCAACGGCAGAGCCUUAGUGACUGUCAAGAUCCAUCCAUCCUCCAUCCUCUCUUCGUUCGACUUGUUUUCUCGGGUUUCUUAUUUGCUUGUUGUGUAUGGGUGUGUGACCACAUAUUUCUAUUUAUCAAACCCGGGUCGCUUAAUUGCUAGUCCCGCCUCUCUUGGGCUUAUUUUUCACUCUUUAGCUUUCUUCACUCAGCUCUUCAGUAUUCCAGUAUAUUGUCAUUACCCCUACCCCACCUCCUGAUCUGCUUUACCAAUACCUAGACGGUUUUCUUUCUUUUUUUUUCAUUUUCAUUUCUUUUUUCUUUUUAUAUAUCAUGAAAAAAAAAGUUGUCUUUGUACAUACUACUUUCAAGAGAUGACAACAU